AUGAUACGCUCGGGAAUUUUGACGAUUCUGCUUGCCACAUCGUUGGCAAAGGCAGAUAGUAUUACUGCCACCGUUAAUCUUGCCGUGACAAAAGGUCCCCCAGAGCACCUGGCCUCUGGAUUCAUUUAUGGAAUUCCCGACACGGAGGACUUUAUUCCAGACCACUGGUACACGGAUAUGGGAUUUCGGUAUGGUCGAGCCGGAGGUGCACAGCUAGAAGCGCCGGAUCGGGGUUGGAUCUGGGGGUUAAGUGAAUACAAAGGCCGCCUUGCCUCGACUCUUUCGAACUACAAAACCUGUCGCAAGUAUGGCGCAGAUUUCAUUAUCCUGCCACAUGAUGUGUGGGGAACGGAUCAUGCCAAUUCGUCAACAGUGUGGCCGGGUGAUAACGGCGAUUGGACAGACUACGACUUGUUCAUACGCACGUUGAUGGCCGAUCUCAAGGCUAAUAAUGCGCUGGAGGGAUUGGUGUGGGAUAUCUGGAAUGAGCCUGAUCUGACAGGCUUCUGGAAUCGGACCCAGCAACAAUGGCUUGAUUUGUAUGUUCGGACGCACAAACUCCUCAGAGAGGAUGCGGAUUUCGACAAAGUUCUCAUCUCUGGGCCGACGCUGGCUGGAUCACCUUUAAGCACUAACACCUGGUGGACGAACUGGUUGUCUCAAGUCGCCGGCAAUAAGACUAUUCCGGACCAAUAUGCCUACCACCUCGAAGGAACAUCGACUGAUUCAACAGACGACCUCCAAAACAGUGAUUCAUCAUUGUCAGCCAUGUUGAAAACAUACAAAAUGCCCUCCAGACAAGUAAAUAUAAACGAGUACGCCAACUUCGCAGAACAAAUUCCCGCUGGUGCAGCUUGGUGGAUCUCGCGACUGGAGCGCUACAACACACUCGGGCUCCGAGGAAACUGGCAAAGUCUCUGCGUCCUGCACGAUCUAUUUGCCAACCUCCUAACAAAAGUUUCGGACCCCACCGUCUGCACCGAAACGGAUUACGUCUCCGCACCAGAAUACCAGGUAUACAAAUACUACAACCUCAACAUGACCGGUGUGCGGGCGAAUACCACCGGCACAGGCGAUCGGUUAAUGGAUGUAUACGCAACCAUUGACUCGGACAAAGUCCGCAUUCUCUGCGGUGUCCGGAUUACCGAGGGGACUUGGCAGAUUACGGUUGAAAAUAUGAGCGCGGUUGGACUUCCGACUUCGGGAACGAUUGAUAUCCAGACCUGGGGUUUUGCCGGCACGGAUGUUUGGGAGGAGGUUGAUACGUAUAGCGAUCGUGGGAUUGUGUCGCAUACUUACUCUGGGAACAAGUUAACUUUCCCAAUUUACCAGACCGAUAGUAGUACGGCUUGGGCUUUUGAGUUUGCGAGGUAG